AUGAAACGAGUGAAUCCCCAAAGCACCCUGCGCAGACCUCCUCACAACAAAAAAACUCAGCUCAGCCCGUGGAAGANAACGCAGGGCACACGAGAGCCCCGGCCAGAUACGCCACCGCCACAACGGCGCAAUCGUUUCAAUAGCCUGCCCAAAAAUGCGCUGCUCUUUCUCUCUUGUCAAGGCAGUCAAGCUAGUUGCAGCAACGACGGUGAUGCGUCGCAAGCGAAAGGCCACUCCGACUCAGAAGUGGAGCAGGCCAACAAAUCGCAGUAUAAAAGCGCCAACGAAAAAGAGAUAGAGCUACCGCCAGUGUGCACGUGUCCAUACUUCGGUGAUCGACCGUUGCAGAAUUGUCUCAAACCUGCGGAAGUGAAAAUUGUGCCCACCACAUUUACGGUAACUAACGCAAUGGAAAUUGAGAAUAUACUCAAUCCGACUGAAGAAGAGCUAAGCAGCAUUUUGGUUACGUCCAAUGCCAAUGGCAAUGGUACCGUCUCACGCCUUAGUCCCAACUCGGCGGCGCAAAUGAACGCCAACAAUAUGGGUAGUUCACUUACGGUACACUCCAGCGAUGGCAGUGCGUCAGGUUACCUUAGCGCUGCGCCGCCUCCUGGCACUCCCUGCCCGGGAAGACGUAAGCUCAGCAUUUCAAAGACUGCUUCUGUGGUGACGUGGGAUGCGAGUCGACACCGGCGACGCGGUUCCAGUUUUGGCAGCACGCGCACCACGCUACUGCUCACGCCCACUAAAACCGGCACGGUAGUCACCUCGUCUUCAUCUGCAACACCGCUGCAACGUUCCGCCACGCUGCGCAGUCACAACAACAUGAACUAUCAACACGCUACGGCUACGUCCAGCGAUGGCACGACCACCAUCAUUGAUUUGAGUCGAUUGCGUCCACAAUUUCGCACGCCACAAUCUUCGCCUUGUCUGCUGCAACGCAACCAGACGGUACGCUCACAUCAUUCGCGCAACUCAAGCGUAAUUUCACGUAACUCAAGUCGUCAUGGGCGCAUCAUCAAACUCGAACAGAAGGCGACCAAAGUGCUAGGUGUGGUAUUCUUCACUUUCGUAAUACUAUGGUCGCCAUUCUUUGUGAUCAAUCUGCUGCCCACGAUAUGUGGCGACUGUGAAAAUCGCCUAGCACACUGGGUAUUCGACGUGGUUACAUGGCUAGGCUACGCCUCAUCAAUGGUUAAUCCCAUAUUCUACACCACAUUCAACGAAAUCUUUCGCCAGGCAUUCAAAAAGGUGCUACUAUGCAAAUUCUCUUCUUCGUCGCAUCGUAGCCAGAACAUGUAG